AUGAGUCAGCCAUGGAAAGCAUUUUGGCCGCCAGCGGCAAACAAUGUCUUUGUGAACCCCAACCUCAAUGUUGUCGUCGCUUCCAAAGGAGCUCUGCCCCACGACAGCAAUUUCGCCGAUGGCACAAAGGUUAUGCGUCUGGACGAUAUGAAGUCUUUCGUCAUGGAGGUCGCUGAGAACAAGGUUACGGAGCAGACAAAGUGA